AUGGCAGAAGUUGGGGAUGACUGCUAUUUCUAUUUUCAUUCAACCUGUAUAAAGGGAUCAAAGUGCCGAUUCCGUCACUGUGAAAAAGCCAUUGGCAGUGACACCGUGUGCUCAUUAUGGAGAGAGGGGAGAUGUUCCCAUCAACUUUGCAAAUUUAGACAUAUGGAAAUACAGCAAAAAUACAACAGCAUUUCAUGUUUCUGGGAGACACAGCCAUUGGGCUGUGUGAGAAUCAGUUGUGUCUUUCAUCACCGGAAACCUCGUAACAUAAAUGGACUUUUUUUGCCACCUAGUAAUGAUUCUACAUUGCAAAGGGAAGUUCAGGAAGGGAUUUUACCUCCUGCCCAAAAUCAAGAUUCCACAAAAGGUCAAGAAAACACAUUAAGACCUAUCCAUCCUCCACUGAUUAUUACCAUCAAUCUUGAGGACGAGGACGAAGAAGAACAGGAGGAGAAAUAUGCAUCUUAUUUAUUGUCUAAGACACCAGAAGACAUAGAAGAAGAAAAGGCAAUAAAGGAAAUGUGUUAUAAAUCUGGAGAAUACUACAGAAUUCAGACUUCUCAGGAAAACCACUUAACAAAAAACAUACCUUUGGUGCUGGAGAACGAGCUCUUGAAAACCAUGGAAACUGGCAGAGAUUUACAAGAAGGUGAUGGCGUUGCAGUUUCAUCAAAGUUUAAUAUUGCAGAAAGGCAAACGGAGAUAACGGCAUCAUUAGAUUGUAGCUCUCGAUCUGAUCUUAGUGCCUUUGAAAAUGGAGGAGGUGAUUGCUAUUUGCCACAAAGAAAUAUAUUUGUUGCAGGGAUACAAAGCAAAGCAUUCAGUGGAGAAAAAGAAUUUGCCAUGCUGAAGUGUUCGAACAUUAAAGCUACAAGUCACUCUGAAAGCAUAAAGAAGCAUCAUUUUAAAGGAGUGAAGAAAAAGAAAUGGAUUUCCGAGGAACCCAAAAACCUUCAUCUCCCGUUGACAGCAAAAGCAAUGCAUACUUCAAACCCUAAAGGUAAAGGGUAUUGCCAACAAAAUGAUCAAAGCAAGAAUGCUGAGAAUGCUUCUUAUGUUCCUUCUCAGAGAGCCAGCGGGAGAAGUAUUUCCUUGAGUUCUCCAGCAGCUGCAAGGUCACCUAAUCUGACCUAUGGUAAAGUUGGUGCAACCAAAGAAUCCAAGAUGAAUUUGGCUGCAGGUCAGCACAUAGUCUCAUAG